CAGGUUUAGCUCGUUUUGACUACACCCGACUCCUGAGAGGUGAUAGAAAGAGCGCAAUGGGCGGAAGGGAACGAGAGAAAGGUGCCCUGAAGUCUGCGCUGGUUGUCGCCGGUGGCCUGGCCCUGGCAUGGGUGACGAUGGAAACGGCCUUCAAGCCUUGGCUCGACCGCCUCCGAUCCUCCAUCGCCCGCUCCGAUCCCGCCGCUGACCCUGACGACGCCGACGCCGCUGCCACCGCCACUCUUGAUGAUUCUAAGGAGGUGGAUGUCGUCGAUGUGGAGGAGGACGUGAAGGUGAUUGAAGGAAGCCAAUCGUCUGAUUAAGCUAAUAAAUAUGAUGCAAGCGUUCAGAAGUCUUCAAUAUAAGAUCUGAUUACAAGCCUUUAUAUCACAGUUGCACUCUUAGCUCAAAACAAAGCCUUUAGUAUGAUAAAUACCAAAUCAACUGUCGUAGAUGUGAUGCAGCUUAGCUUAUACAUUUGAAAAUUCUCUUCUGAAUCUGCACUUUUGUUAUUGGCUAGUGCUUGAAUGAAGUAUAUGGCUUCACUGAAUGCAAAGCUUAUGAUAUAAGAUAUGCUUCCAUUUUGUUCCUCAA